AGGCCAGGAGCAGGGCCCAGGCCGGGGCGGCCGAGCGCUGAGGGGAUGAACUUCGCCGUGGGCUUCAAGCCGCUGCUGGGGGACGCACACAGCAUGGACAGCCUGGAGAAGCAGCUCAUCUGCCCCAUCUGCCUGGAGAUGUUCUCCAAGCCCGUGGUGAUCCUGCCCUGCCAGCACAACCUGUGCCGCAAGUGUGCCAACGACGUCUUCCAGGCCUCCAACCCGCUGUGGCAGGCCCGGGGCUCCACCACGGUGUCUUCGGGAGGCCGUUUCCGCUGCCCAUCUUGCAGGCACGAGGUGGUCCUGGACCGGCACGGCGUCUACGGCCUGCAGCGGAACCUGCUGGUGGAGAACAUCAUCGACAUCUACAAGCAGGAGUCGUCCAGGCCGCUGCACUCCAAGGCGGAGCAGCAUCUCAUGUGCGAGGAGCACGAGGAAGAGAAGAUCAACAUCUACUGCCUGAGCUGCGAAGUGCCCACCUGCUCCCUCUGCAAGGUCUUUGGGGCCCACAAGGACUGCGAGGUGGCUCCACUGCCCACCAUCUACAAGCGCCAGAAGGUACCACGGAGCUAUGGGCGUGGGGUGUGGGGCUCAGGGCGGGCCUGA